UGUAACUGCAAUUGUCUCUCCCCAACCCCAUAAUCACAUCCCAAGCGCGCAACCAUGGAUAUUGACGAUAUCCUCGCCUCCGUCGACCGCGACGCCAACAUCCAAACCCCCGAAUCCGCAACCCUCGACCACCAACUCCUCACGCGCUUCUGGGUCGCCGAGCGCGCGGUCUCAGAGCUUCUCCCGUGGCCUGCGAGUUUGAUGGAUAGGAUUAUGGAGAGGGUUAGGAGGCAGAUCGAAGCAAUCGAAGACCUCGCCGCAAGCUCUGGCGACCCAACAGCAAGUACCAACACAAACAACGCAACCCUAAACCUCAAACUCUCAAUACUCCAAACAGACCUCGCCCGCACCCAAUACCUUAUCCGCUCACUCCUCCGCCAACGCCUUUCAAAACUCACAAAACACAGCAUGCACUACCUCCUCCUCAUAUCCCCCAACCACAACACCUCCCAACACACCCAAUCCUCGCAAUCCUCGCAAACCCAACAACAACAGCCCGAAGACUCCGUGCCGACACCCGAUGAUAUGGCGAAUACCAGUCCGUUAUCGCCGCAGGAGACGAGCUUUAUACAUGCGCAUCAGACGCUGCUUGCAAGGCAUUAUGGGUCUUCGUUUUUGAGUACGUUUCCGCCGCAGUUGAGAAGGUUGGAUGAUAAUGCGGGGGGGACGAGUAUGGUGCAGGGGCCGGAGGGAAAGGAAGCGGUUUUUGUGAGGUGUUUGGUUGAUGAGGUGGGGGUUGUUGUGCCGCCGGGGGAUGGGGUGGAGGAGGAAAUGGUUGGGACGGGGAUGAGGAUGGGAGAUGUUUGGGUUGUUAGGUGGGAGGGGGUUAGGGGGGCUUGGGAGAGGGGAGAGGUUGAGAUUCUUUAGCUUUGCGGAGUGAUGGAUUAUUGCUUUGGGAGUUAUAGGGUAGUAAAUACUGGGUACGGUUGCAUUGCGGGUGGUGUUAGGCGUUUGGGACUACUUGUACAGCGACUACUACUACAGGAUGGAGUCGAAAUUGAAACUUGAUUCAUUCAUAGCCCA